GUAUACUUCGCCGCUAGUGUCAUUCGCAGGCUGCCACACGGGAACGCUUAGUGACAAUUACUGCAGAGCGCACUCGUCGGCGAAGUGUGUAGCGUCGUUAGCAAUGAGUAAAAAAUAAGUAAAGAAUAUUGAAAGAAGAGUCUGGAGUAGUUUUUGAUUAAAUUUUUUUAAAUUGCUAACGUUGCAAGGUAAUAAAAUGUGCCACACUGAAAAAAAUAAAAAUAAAUAAACACCAGCAGAAAACUACUCUCGCUCUCAGGCUGUUUACGACCACAUCGGGUAAUGGCUGUGCAGUUGUUUGGUGGAACGAGUCGUUCGGACGGGUACCGGUCAAGUCGCCGUCGCUUGUUUGUACAAAAUGGACACGAGUUCUCAAAAAGCAACUUGGUGCUUUUGUGCACGCAUUUUUAAGUUAACAGUUAUAUGCUUUGCCUUCUGACUGACGAUCUCCAUUGCCACCAGUUUGAAAGAACACUUUUCUUUCUCGUGUAGCAGCGUGUCGCUAAAAUGACACCCAGUGCCCUGAAGUGCACUUGCUCAAAGUGCAAUUUAGUUUGCCCGUGUGACAAGGGUAUAAGUUCUAGCCCAGCAUUUUGCUUUAAGUUCAUUGAGAGUUUUCAGCCAUUUUGCAGGACAGCGAGGUAGAUAGAUGCUAUGGGGGGCCAGGGACCUUUGCAAAUUAAGCAACACGCUCUUUCUCGCUCGGGCGCACGCUGGCGCCUUCUCUCUUCUCUCUCUCUCUCUCUCAUCUACCCUGUCCCGUGCUGCCCUCUACCUGCCACAUCCGCGACUACCACUUCUGCUGCUGCCGUGGUGGCGGUGUGGGAAAAACCAUGCGUGCCUGCAUGCAUGGGGCGGGCCUGCGCUUCGUGAAUGCCCGCAUCGUCUCAUUGCCUGCUCUGCAUGCUUCGGCUCUGGCUUGCCGCCUUUGGCCGCCGCAUGCCCUUCUACUUAACCCGCUUGAUGUCCCUCGGAAACAUUGCUUGCACGGUGGGCUCCCUGGCACUUUCGCACUGCUCGUCGAAAUGCCGGCCAUCCCCGUCGUCUCCGGAUGGCCGCCUGCCGUCGCCCUUGCUGUCCCCACUGCGGCCGGAAACUGUGGCCGAACACACGCCAGACCAAACGGCCCAGAAGCCAGACAGCGGCACCACCUCACCGGCGUCGGACGUCAUCCGGCCGGGCCGCCCGACGGCCAUCGAAAUCACCAAGGAGAAACUUGGUCUGGGGCUCAGCAUUGUCGGUGGCUCGGACACGCCUCUGGGGGCAGUCAUCAUCCAUGAAGUUUAUCCUGAUGGUGCUGCUGCAAUGGACGGUCGUCUUCGACCGGGUGACCAAAUUCUGGAGGUAAACGGCGAGGAUCUGCGAGAGGCAUGUCACGAAGCAGCCAUUGCUGCUCUACGGCAAACGUCGUCAGUGGUGAGGAUGCUGGUGCUUCGCGAGGAAGAGCCACAGCAAGACAUUCUCACCGUUGAGCUGCACAAAAAGGCUGGACGUGGCCUCGGCCUGAGCAUUGUGGGGCGGCGCAAUGCACCGGGCGUCUUUAUCUCGGAGGUGGUACGUGGUGGAGUAGCACAGCUGGACGGCCGCCUCUGCCAGGGCGACCAAAUUCUGGAGGUAAACGGCCACAGCCUGGCGGGCGCCAGCCAGGAGGAAGCGGCCGCCCUGCUCAAGACCACCAUGGGGCGCAUCUGUUUGCGUGUGGGGCGCCUGCGCCGGGCACCCUCACAGCGCGCCACCCAGGUGCCCGUCUCGCGUUCGGACUCCAUUGCUAACGGACCCAUGACUGUGACCCUGGAGCGAGGCUCGGAAGGCUUGGGCUUCAGCAUUGUUGGCGGUGCAGGGUCGCCGCACGGCGAUCUCCCUAUCUACGUGAAGACAGUGUUUGAAGAAGGUGCCGCGGCUCGCGACGGCCGACUACGCCGCGGACACGCUAUUCUGUCGGUCAACGGCAACUCGCUGGAAGGACUGUCGCACCAGCAAGCCGUUGAACUCCUUCGUGAUGCCCGUGGAACUGUCGAACUCGUUGUUCUCGACACGUCGGUCCUAGAGACAGCAGCUCCGAGCCCUGCGCAAAGUCCUACGGCAACCACGCCGCCAGCGUCGCUGUUCACCGUGACUGAUCAAUUGUCGUGAUGGUGUUAAAAGACACACUGUGCAGUGUGCCACACAGUGAAGUGCGUGCAACAACUUUGAAGUGUUUUCUUUUGCGCAUGUUGUGGCAGCAGUGUUAUCCGCUAGCAAGGCCUCGUGAAGCCUUUCCUUGCGCAAAGAAAAAAAACAACUCUGAAGUGAAAAAGAAGCCACUGCCCACCCAACGCGCUUGGGAAAUCUUUAGUCUUUGCAAGAACAGGCACGCCUGUGGUGCAUACGUUUUCAAGGGUACAGCUCGCUUUCUUCUCCAUCUCUGUUUUGAUCUUAACACUCCUACAAACACAAUCCAUGCAGCUGUGUCAAGCGUGCCUUUAUCCAGAUGAACGGGGGGAAAACAAUAUGUCUCUUAAUUUUGCGUAUGUGACUGAAGUGAGUGCGUGAAUUUCUUGUUUUCCUUCCGGGCAGGUUCCCGGAUCAUGCGGAAGCCACGGCUUUGCAGGUGCCAUUGAAGUUGUGUCAUUGCCCUGUGUGUGUGUGUGUGUGUGUGUGUGUGUUUUUUGUUUUUUUAAUCUUUCACCAGUCUCACUGUAGUUACCUCGCACCUUCUUUUAGCGUCUUGUUACUGUCAUUUUAGUUGGAACAUUAUCACCUGUACCGUUGCAUCAUCUAGAAACUGGUGCCGUGGUGAAGUCAAGAACUGCGGAGUGCUUGUUGCAUUGUUCGAUAGUGUUCAAAGAAGCAUUUUCUCUUGUUGAAGGCCAUGGCAUCUCUCCCGUUACUUCUUGGAUGCUUUUGCAUUUCCAUCCUCUGCUUCUUCAGUGAGAGAGCGGCUAUGUCUGAAUGCAUGCAAAGCUCAUCAACGAGUCUCAAGCAGAAGGCCCACUGCACGUGAAACAAAGCUUAGCGCGCCAAAUUUGCGCAAACAACCUCAAAGAAACUGAUUGACAUGCCAAGAACAAAUGUGCAUCUGCUUUAGCAGCUUGGCAGAGGUGGAACAAAGAGGUGUAUGAGGCCCUCCGACAGGCUACUAGUGUAAUCAAGCGAGACUAACAUCGGGACGUGCAAGGCACAUUUGCACGCAUGCAUGGCCGUCACUCCUUUCUUCUUCACCAAAACACGGAAUAGUGUAGUUCUUUUUUUUUAUAAUUUUAGGAGAUGCUACAUGGGACCAUAGAAGUCGAGUCGGUCAAUCCCUCCACCACCGGUGAAUACGUUGGCUGUGUUGUGGCAUUUUCCUGGCAGGCGGAUAUACUUGCCUAGACGGCGCGACUCAUCUUUCCGGAUCAUGUUGUUGUUUGUACCCUUUGAGAUGGUUCGUCGCGAGAGAAGUACUGCACGAAAGGGUUAUGGGGGCGACUUUUCGAGCACUUUGGUGCCCUGUGCAGAGCGUCACGGUAGUUAUCUUCCGGUGCCAUGUUUCGGGCCACCCUUCUUGCAGCUUUGCACUCAGUGGGACCAAAACCAAGUUGCACACGUCGAAACACUCCACACAUAGACACAUGGACACUCGGAGAGUGCACUCUGCACUGGUGACAUACUGGAGUCGGGUAAGCAGCAGUCGAAGGGCACCAGAUUCUGUGUCCUGAGUUCAUCUAGUGAACAAACAUCGCAGUUCUUCAUUAACGCCUUAAACAAAAUCUCCCAUCACUUGCCUUUGUUCUGGUAAUGCCAGGCGGUGAAAGGAAAUUAGUAAUUGCCAAAAUCCGGUGUAGUUAUUCAUUUGGCAUGGACGCAUGCGAAGGGGGUUGUGGCUGGUGCCACGGUCGUUUCCUUCCUUAAAAGCAGUCAAGGACCAAAUAAGUACGAAUUGCAUAUCGUAUCUGCUGCUCAAGAAGCCCAGAGAAGACUCUUCACGGAAGCUUUUAACAUAAAGGCUUUCUUUCUUUUUCCUCAGCAAAGUGAGCUUGGUCUAAAGUUAAAGGUGUCAAUAAUAAAGUGCUGUUUAGAACCACAGAACCAAAUAUGCAGUUAUGUAACUUGUCAUUGAAAAAUCUCGUGCAUAGAAUGCUGUAUGGUGUAAUCAUCAGCUGCUUAAUCAAGUUUCUAUUGUAAUCUGUACCACCGCAUUUACGAUUUUUAUUAUAAGAGCAUUGUUGGGGCAUAGUGUCCAUUGAAUGUGCUGUUUUUUGUGUAAAAAGAUUGUGAAUGCCCAUGAAGGCCAUGGCAUGUCCUGAUAAAAAAAAAAAAAAAAAUCAAGAGGUAACUGCACAUCUUGUGUACGUAGUGUUCAUUGCUGCAAAGUUUCGAUUUCGGAAAUUGCAAGCUGUCUGCACUUACGAUUAUUUGAUUACUAUGCCGCCUUGCCCUCGAGUUUUGAUUUCUCACAAGAACUGUGAUUUUGCAUAGUGUGUGAAGGUUGCAGAGUUGGUGUCUGUCUUGCGGUGCUUGUGAACCAGAAGAAAGGCCGUGCAACUUGAUUCCUAACGAAAUAUAGCGUAGCAGUAGCAGUUAUGACCAUCACCACUACAUUUUAUUACAUUUUUAUGUUUGACGUCAAGAGCCCGACUUGACCGACAACCCUUGUCUCAUAGUUGCUCCCAAGAUUUUAAGGUUUUCUUUUUCUAUAGUGACUGUGGUUUCACGUGCCAUGUGGCUUCACACAUGACACAGAUGUGUCAGUCUCAUUUCCAUCUCUUUUUAGUAACUGUCGAGAGGAUGCUUUAGGGCAAUCUACAUUGGCAAAAUGUACUAGGGUUUUUCUUUCGUCAUAUACUACCAUUUAGAGCAUGAACAUUACGAGUUGGUGCCAUCUUAUUGGAGCGUGUCACAUUGUCGUACUCGAGACAGUGUCUGGUUCAUGUGUUAUUGAAGUGCGUCAUGGCAGAUGUGGCACGUACAUACAACUGGUGAAGUAUACGUCUAUGGAAAGUUGCUCUGUCACAGUUCACUGCAGAAAACUACACAUGUGACACACCGAAAUAAGUUUUUAGAGCUCUAUGCGAGGCCAGGAAAUCGAAUGUUUUCCAAGGGUCAUCAUUAGGGGUGUUCGAAUGGUGAAAUUUUCAUAUCAAAGAACAGUACAGUUGACUUCCGUUUAUUUUACCUUUGGUGAAACUGAUAAAACUGAUUGAAUUAUUCGCCGGGUUGAAUUAAAAAAAGGCACAAAAUACGUGCAGACGCACCGUGUUCAUUUGACAGUGUGUGCCCGAUUCUAAUGCGCACCCAGUUUUUAUGGGCUCAUACUAGUAAGCAAUGUUUUAAUGCGUAUGUGCUCGACUUUCUAACAAAAAUGCAGCAUGCAUCCGUUUUGGCAAUAAGAAAUAAGGUGAAAACUGCAUAGUUUACCUUCACAGAAUCGAAAUUUAUUUACUACUCAUGUCAAUUGUUGUCACUCUCGGACAGCUUUUGAUCACUGUCUAUGGACCACAACAUCAUGCCUUCAUUGUGGUUCAUUGCGUCUUAUAUUCUGAAUUUCUCUUACCGUUCCAUUACUAUCGCCAAUGGGAUGAUGGCCCACGGCUAGAGUAACCAUGUGGCCUGUUCUUGCAACGCACGCUUUUCUGGAGUGCCAAGAAGACAUGACGCAACUUUCCUGCCACUAGCUUAUGCAAAACAACUCAUCUUUCGAAUUAGUUUUGCUGAUUAAAACUUGGGGUGUGUGCGAAUACAUUGAAAAUUUUGAAUACAAAUCCAAUAGUCCGUGCUAUUUGAUUCGUAUUCGAUUGGAGAGUUCCCUGUUCGGAGUUGUCGAAUGUUUGUUUUAUUCCAACAAUAAUUAACAGACAGACAGAGUGUUUAAAGUCUACAAGAGACUUUAAACACUUCUCCACUUCUAUCAGUCGUAGAGUCUUUCGAAUGAUACUGCCACAGGAGAACCACAGUUGUUGCGCAGAUGUAUAAGUUCUUGAGCGAGCACAUGGGACAAAUCAUUUAUGCACAAUAGUUUUCAGUUGUUAAAUGUGCAUGUCUCACCUUAAGCAGCCUGCAAAUUUUCUCUCCAGAUUUAGCCAAAUCUACGUAUUAUUUGGGCAAUGUCACCAUGCUUGGAUUCCUUUAGAACACUGUGCAAUACUAUAUGGUAAUGAGCUUCGCUCUUUUAAUGAGCACUACAGUUCUAUGUGUGUCUGCUGACGUGCUUUCUGUUCGUUUAAUUGCUGUCAUUGCCAUAGUGUGCCAGAUAUACUCGCAUUUCCUUUGUUCUCAAUUACAAGCUUCUUAAAUUACCUGAAAUCCCAUUGAUAACGGCAUUAAAUGUAUCAAAUAACCUAAGUAAGCCUUCUGUUGCCAAGAAGACUACACAGGAGUUUUUAUACGUUCCUUUGUUUAAAAGUGAUCAAAUAUUUGAUAUUCGAAGACCAUCUUUUUUUUUUAAUAUUCCUAUUUGAUUCAAUUAGAAGAUUUUACUAUUCGCACAUCCCCAAUUAAAAGCUGAAACCCUACGCAAAACUUGUGAUCUGCCAUAUUCUCUUAAAAAUCUCCUAAACGCAGGGCAAAAAUCAGCAUUUUUGGCGAGGGACUACAUGUCUUCGACGCCUUUACUGUCCCUUAGUGCCAUCAAGACAGAUGCUGCCACCAUUAGGGUCUCGAGUUUGGUCACCCUUGGAGCCAUCCACAUACGUGCUGAUGAAUCAAGUUCGUAUUAAGUGGCAAAGGCAAAUUUAAGAAUUGAAAUAACAAAAGUUUUGGCCCAUAGCAUGCAUGGGCACCGGCCGGGACUGUCAUGGGGGGGUUGAAUUAACCGAAAACUCAGAUGAACCGAAUUCGAGUUACCGGAAGUCUACUGUAUUUGAAAAAGAGUGUUUCUAACAUUGAGUUGAAUGCUGGGUACUUUAGGCUUCUAACAGUAGAAAAAGGCACUGAGGGAGAAUAUUCAAAAGUAAAUCUGAUUUAUUUAUAUGAGUACAUGAAAUGCUGGCGGUUUGGGCAACUAGGAAGGUUAUGAACUAGCAAGACAUGAAAGACCAGCAAAGCUCUUGGUUGGCUUAAAAACGGGCACAGUGGCCGGUGUGCCAUAGGCACAAGUCCUUUUCCGUGGCAGGCAGCAUGCAAUAAUCAUAGUAACUCUUUACGUACUCGAAUACUCGGAGAAACUAUAUAUGAAAUUCUCUAAUCAAAUACAUCGUAUUGAAAGAAACGUUUGAGUGCUAUUCAAAAUUCCCAACAUUCGCACACCCCUAGUCAUUACGUUUUGACACCAUAUACUCGUUAUUGACUUUUUCUCAAUACAACACACGGUUCUUAGCACAUCUCACGUGCUAGAACACUGCGAUUACACGCAACACACAAAGGUACGUAGAUGUGUAUUUCCGAAACUACAGUGUCACAGCACAAUCAAAUUCUGCACCAUUUGCAGACUGGGCAGCCUACAUACGUGCAGCGAAACUGUGUUAAAAGUUGUGCUUGGUAAGAAGCUGGAGGUGGGGUUCUCGGCAAGAAAGUGUGACCACAUUUUGUUUUGUUUUCAUGGCCGAGAACUGCAGCGAGGGCUUGUUCUUGGCCGGCUGUUUCAAAGACGCGUUGCUUUUGCUGCACUUUCGGAGUUGCCCUGUUUCCGUCGCCACGUUAAUCAAGCAUCCGUGCUUCAAGCACCGAGAGCGUACAUGCCAACGACAUUGUAGAUAGCAUCACAUUUUCUGCUCUUUUGUGCUCUCAUGCUCAGCUGGCCAGACACAUCCUGCUGCAAUAGCAUCUUGUGUGUGUAUCAUGUGCGGGAGGUGAGCAUAUGCUUCUUGUCACGUUAUCCUGUUGCCAGAUUAUCCGGGUUGAGCAUGCUGUUAUCAUGUGUUUGGUCCUGGCUGUUAAGCAGAUGUGUAUCAGCUUUUCAGUGCUCAUUUGGUUAUGCGCUAGCAUACGAACUGCCCCUGCUUGGUGCAGAGUUGCCAGUACGGGCUGACAAUGCACGGCUGGGGAAAUGCUUGGAUGAGCACAAGUGCAGAAUGCGACUGAGAAAUUGAUCUUGCACUGGCUUGGAAAUUCAAAAGAAACACUAGAGAGCAACAAUUGGUUUACAGGUAGAUGGUCAUGUCAACAUUUUUUUUGUUUGUUUACAUAGGCAGUCGGUUAUUAGUGGAAUAAAUGAAGGUUGAAGUUCAGAAGUUCGAAUUCCUCACCCAGACCAUAUGGUAAAUAUUUUUAAAAUUUUUUUUUUUUUUUUUUUUGGAGGGGGGGGGCAUAUUUAGAGGCUUAUUAUUCACGUCAAGGUGCCAGAUUGUCAGUCUGCUUACUUUUUAAUGACACUUCAUCGCUUUUUUUUUUUUUUUUGUAAACACUUCCACAGCACAAAGGAGACAAAAUCUUAGUCAUCAUAGAAGCUCUCCAUGCAAAAAUUUCAAGGUUGCUUGCCACUGGUUUCACACCUUUGUGUGCAGUUGUGCCACACUGAGUAACAUUAGUCUAUCUAUAGUUGCAAAGUGUAAUGUAUUAACUGAGAUCAACGUAAUAUCUUUUUUGUGUCCCUUGCAGCGCUCCUCGCUAACAGCAGCAAUGCACAGUGACAGGAAAGGUAAAAGGCGCAAGAAUUCAUCAAAAUUUGUUUUCUGCUUGGCACGCAAAUAAACAAUUUAAAAAACAAAAAAGAAAGGGAAGGAAUAAACUGUUUAUUUCAUCUCGUUAUUGCAUCCGCUCUGUUAAUCGGUACGUUGCUGUUGUUAUCAGUGAAACACUUGGCCACUGUUCAGUGCCCUGUUCGCUGCAUAAUUUCUUUGUGGUGUCCGGUGCUUGUGUUCAUUCUAAGUAUUACUCCAGCCAAAAUUAAGGCACACUUGGGGAGCCCAGAGAACUCUGUUGAUUCGAUGCUAGAAGCAAGUGUUUAAUGGAAUUGUUUCACGAAGACUUAAAAUAAAAUGUCAUGGUGUGGCAA